AUGGAUGUCGGCAGCAAACGCCUAGCGGACGGUGGGUCCCCUGACAAUUAAUAAGCAUACCUUAUCUACUAUCGAUAUAUAAGUAGGCACGUAUUAUUCCCUUCAGAGUCCGAACCAAAAGUAUGCAGUGGUCCGUCACCUCCGUACGGCAGCAUGUUCCAGCUUUGUACCGACAGGGCCCUCAACGAGGCAUACAGCGGCUCGGCUUGCGUGGCAGAUGACAAAAAGGAGUCACAUCACCACAAAGCAAUCGAAACGCUCUCUACACCGCCCAAAGAAUACGCCGCAGCGGCGUAUCUCUUCCGGUGGAUUGGUAGACUUCUGCCUGUGGCAACGGCCUUCUACACUAUGGAUGAUCACUGUACGGAGGCCGUUGAGUUGUCUUGCUGCCACGCUCGUGCCUACAGCUAUAUAGCAAUUUACGAGAGCGAUCCUACUCGACAGGUUUGCACAUUGACGUUUUGUUUUCAAAAAUUCUUUCCUGAUUGCAAUUUAUGUGUUUUCGGAAAAUAAGACCUCAAACCCAAGUAGUAAGGAGAGCCAGAAAAAGGGCUGAUCAGUCUCAGUAAUUCAUGUAGAAAAUGUCCCGAAUUACUGGCCUUUUAGGCGUGACACUCCCAGCAGCCGAAAUUUGCUCAUGGUUUUUAGUGGGAACCGCCGCUAUUUGGCUGGCAUUGACUUGUGUGUGCGUUUUACUCUGACGAGAAAGACUAAUUAGGCUUUGGUCCCUCGCGCCAUAUUCUCGUUCUACUCUAGUGUGAAGACAACUUUGAAGAAGAAGAAGAAGAAGAAAGAAGAAGAAGAAGAAGAAGAAGAAGAGGGAGAAGAAGAAGAAGAAGAAAGAAGAAAAGAAGAAGAGGAAGAAGAAGAAAAAGAAGAAGAAGAAAGAAGACAAAGAAGAAGAAGAAGGAGACACGAUCGCUGGGACGAGAGCUUUAUUAGCCUGGCGUUUCGGAUUCCUGUUCGAAUCCAUCAUCAGAGACAAAAGCACUUGGUGUGAUGACUGUUUUAAUCGCCGACAUUCACGCCGUUAAUUGUUGAAAUUUCUUCACGUGUGUUGGAUGUUGAUGUGAUGACCGCUCGACCAUCUGACCCACCGACCCUGGCGUUGGGAACACUGUUCACCUCUGCGGUCCCCGCGUGGCCUAUUAACCCGCCAAGACGAAGUUUCAUCACAGAGUAUGGAAGGGGAAGGGAGUUACACCUGUUAAUAGACUGGGGGCCAGUGAACCAUGACUAAAUCAGCUCGCGGCUCACGCGGUUGUCACCUCUAGCGAGAAUUUUGGUCUCGCCGAAUUUGAAUGUGUGCCUGGAUCUCGUCGAAUGGGCCGCGACCUGAGAGUUGGCAUCAUUCCUUCGCACUGCUGCAGCGUGUUUGGCCAUGCGCGUCCGAUGCAGUCUUCCGGUUUCUCCGACGAAGUUGCUUUGUCCACAACUGCUCCAGAUCCGGCAAACGACUCUAGACGUUUCUUGCCGUAGCAGUGGAUCUUUCGGUUCCAUUACCUGACGCCUGAUGGUUGACUCCGGUCUGUGUGCAACUCCAGCCGUGACUCGCAAACAUCGCCUACAGUCUAUGUCACCUUCUCCCUGACCCAAUGACCGUAACACGUCGACCUCGUCAUGCGGGUGGCAUGGGAACGAUGAGUGCCAAUAACCCCUAAGACACUUAUAAACCCUUUGAACGUCUCAUAUUUUCAACAUAUAUGAGCCUGAUGACAAGUUACCGAAAACGUGCGUUCGCCAACUUGAGGGUAAGGGUUAAGAAUAUGCACAGAGUAAGGAGAAACCUGGAGAACUGCCUUCAAUAUUUUUAAAAGCAGGUGUUGUUCAAUCGAGUUCGUGGUCCGCUCUUCGUCGGCAAGCUGACAUUCACUAAUCUGUACUGCCGCGAGCAGUCGAUGCCGCUGAAAUGUCGUAAUUGGUUCAUUGUCCGGCAUCCCCCACAUGUAAUUAUUAAAUAACAGGAAAGCUCAUUUCUAAAAAGAGGUUCGGCACAGAGGGCAGUUGGGUAGCAAAAAAAUACUCGAAAAUUGCUAGAUGGAAUGCAUACGUCUGCCAGUAUAGCAGGAGUGUUAAAACGCUGGUGAAUUUGUUAAUCAGCAAUUAGAAUUUUCUCAUCCCCCUCGUAUACUUAAUUCUUGCCAACUGGACGUUCAAAAUGCUUGGAAUUUCUCUCUAUUGUUACGUUCUGUUUGGUUGUUCAACAAGCCGAACAAGCUGCUUCUUAUGUACUUUUUGUUCUCAAAAUCCGUACCUUGUUUUUGCAAGCCCUUUCUGCAUAUAGAAAUUGGCUCUCAUAAGGCUUUCUGUUGAAGGUGCUAUGUUCUUGCCGCAACGCCUAGCUGGUAGCCCGCUGUACAAUUAUCCGCAAUCGGAUUCCCAAAUGAAAACUCAACAGCGAGGGUUGAUGAACAAGAAGUCUAUUGCUGAGUCCUACCAGUGAAAAUCCGACAAUAAAAUGUACACUCAGAGAUGUCCAAAUGAGGAAGUAGGCUGGUUGACUACCAGAGCUGUUUGUUUUUUGUUCUGAACCUUCAGACUCGUUCAGGAGUCCACCGUCAGAAAUGUCCAAGGUCGACCCCGAAUUGAGCCAAUCAGAUCAUGCCCUUGAGUUGUUAAUAUGUCGACUGGACUUUUGAUUCAUCUGAAUGGCUGACUGCCCCUCCAGUUCUGCCGGCGGCUGGCCCGAUGUCGACACUCAUACGCCGUGUGGACUGAUCGAUAGGAUGGCGUGUGAGCGCGUCGUUAGGGAGGCCUGGGAAGGAGUUGGCUCCACCUAACAGAAGGCACCUAGCAUUACAGGUCCUGUUUGCGUAAAGGAGUCAGUUGACGUGAGCUAGAAUAAAGAACCGCAAAGAACCCCACUUUGCCUCCGAGUAACGUUAGGGGGCUUGGCUUUGACCGGGCCUGUCACUUAAGUGUUUAUUUGCAACUCAUUUUAGGAAGCCUCUAACCUUUGCUUAGAAAUGUGCUCGUUUGUUUGGCCUGCGGAUGGUGCCUAAUUUUGUCCUUUUUGUCGCAUUCAGAGCUGCAUGCAGAAACGCAGGACGGAUAUACUGGAGGGCCUACUGGAUCGACUUAACCCCCAGCACUACAUGGCCCUACGACGUCAGAUCAUGUUCGACCUGGCUGAUGCCCUCAGCAUUCACAGUGCUCUCAAGGUCCAAAAGACGGGGGUGAGGCUGCUACUUCUCCCUUUUUUUACGCCCUCUGGGACCAAGUCGGCGUGGUUGACUUGCCGCAGCACCGACUGAAAAUAUAUAUUGUCUUCCUACUUAAACCAUUUGAGUAGGCUGUAGAUUUAUGGUUCACAUUCUUAUGCGCAACCACCUCACCCGCUGGUGCAAGCGGCUGAAUUCAGUCAAUUCUAGGAAACAUCACAGUUGGCUUACAAUAGCUAAAGAACCAAAAAUGGCCGUUUUAAUUUUACCUGUCUUUAGGAGAAUACGAAGGCACGAUCACUGGGACGGUAGAUUUAUUGGCCUUAGCUUUCGAACUCGAACUGGAGUUCAUCAUCAGAGACUGCUAUAUUACAGCAACGUGUGAACAUUUAUAUCGUUGGGCCGUAAGGGGAGGGGAACUACAUCUGUGGCUAGGUCUGGUUUGUGCCGCCUGGUCCACUAUGGUCCCCCGACGUGGUGACGCCGUUUGUACUUCGCGGCGAUGUGGGCUGCGCCACCUGGCUGCGUGGGCGGAGUGCGUGAUAACACGCAGGCAAAUCAAUGUGUCUAUUGAUAGACUUGGUGUCCGACACCCACACCUCCAACAGUUCUCGUCCAGUCUUGUUGCCGGCUCGCGCCAAUAUCCGCGUGUUGGCGAAGUCGAACUCAUGGCCUUCCUCCAGCGUAUGAGUGGCGACUUGAGAUAGUGGGUCGUCUCUUCGAACGGCCCGUUGGUGUUCAAGUAUCCGUGAGCUGAGACGCCGUCCUCUUUGGCCUGUGUAGUGGCGAGGACGGUUAUGACAGGGGAUUUGAUAGACUACGCCCGACUGCUCACCUGCGUCCAGCCGAUCCUUCAUUUUUAUGAUCCUGCUACGCAUGGUAGCCGCCGGAUGCUGAGCGAUGCCCACGCCUAACUCUGACACAAUGCGUUCUGUAGCCUUGGACACAUUCUUUAUGUACGGUAGGGAGUGCCAAAUUGUUGGUCUCUCUUCCGUUUGUCCGUCAUGGGUAGGUGCGUAUGCAGCGACUGCUGAAACUAUUUGAGUAGCCGUUCCUUCUUUCGGGCUCGCUACAGUGCGUUUUUACCCGGUCGAAAAGCGUCCUCACACAACCCCGUUUGUGCACCAAUGGGUGGUUUCUAUGAUAGUUAAGGACCUGGGUUGUAUUGGUUGCCUUUCUGUACACUGUAGUGUUGAGUUCACCGUCAGGUGUGCGCGUGAGGAGCACGUCCAGGAAGGGUAGUUUCUCGUCCUCCUAGUCUUUUCUUGUAACCUGAAUGUCGGGGAAUAUGCUGUUAAGUAAAUCUUGAAAGCCCGAUAGCUUGUCCUUUUCAAUAAUGACGAAUGUAUCGUCCACGUAUCGGCACCAAAACGCAGGUUUGCAGUGGCUGAAGGCAACCUUUUCCAGCUCUUGUAGGGCCAAUUCCGCAACUAGGCUGGAUAUUGGGGAACCCAUGGGUGUUCUUUUGAUUUGUUCGUAUGUUCUGCCAUCGAAGGUGAAAAAGGUUCGCUGGCAUAAUGCAAAGAGCUGUAUUAGGUGCUGGAUCUUUAGGGGCCCUGUCGUUUGGUCGUACUUUUCUUCGAGGCGUUUGCGUAGCAUGUCGCGCGCCAAGUCUGGUGGGAUGGACGUGAAAAGUGAGACAACGUCGAAAGAUGCCAUGAUUUGGUCGGGUCGAAUAGUUUUUCCCCGAGUGUCGUCAAGGAAUUGGGAGGCCGAAUUGACUGACGUCACAGAACCCUCUCGGAGAAAAUUGAGUUUUCGGGACAUCCGUUUGGCUAGAUUGUAUGUGGGGCUGCCUUUCAGGGCAACGAUUGACCGCAGAGGAACGUUUGGUUUGUUGUCUUUGUUGACGGGGGUGAGGCUGCUAUUUCUCCUUUUUUACGCCCUCUGGGGCCAAGUCGGCGUGGUUGGCUUGCCGCAGCACCGACUAAAAAUAUAUCUUGUCCUCCUACUUAAACCAUUUGAGUAGGCUGUAGAUUUGUGGUUCAAUCUUAUGCGCGACCACCUCACCUGCUGGUUCAAGCGGCUGAAUGCAGUCGAUUCUAGGAAACAUCACAGUUGACUUACAAUAGCUAAAGACCCAAAAAUGGCUGCUUUGGUUUUACCUAUCUUUGUUGUCAUCUAUUCUACAUUUGUUAUAGUGCCUUAUGAGACCGUCAGCGAAACCUCGAGAUUGCUUUUCUAGUCACAAGAGGACGAACAUGUUCCAUGCUGUAAUGAUCUCGGUGAACACCCCGUCUUCACGCACCUGAGCCCGGUAGCAAGACAGAGUCAGAACGACCGGAGGUGGGCUCGGACGCAGUGACCGACAAAGCUAACCGACCUGCCUACGCGUGCCACACGACGCCGCAGUGUUGGAGAAGGAUACACUAUCGCUGGGACAACAGCUUUAUUAGCCUGACGUUUCGGAUUCCUACUGGAAUCCAUCAUCAGAGACAAAAAAGCAGGAACGGGUAGUUGUUGCACAAGGGGCUGCGGUAUUUAUAGGAUGCAGUAGCCAUGCUACCGCAUACCUAUGAAUAUUCACGGCUCCCCCCCCCUUCAUCCGGGAUCGUCGCACUUGGUGUGCUAAUUGUUUGAUGGCCGGCAUUCGCGUCGUUAAUUGCUGCAAUUUCAUCAAUUGCGUUGGAUGUUGGUGUGAUGAUUGCUCGACCAUCUGACGCACUGACCCUGGUGUUGGGACGUGUUCACCUGUGCACUUCCCGCGUGGCUCAUUACUCCGCCUAAGCAAAUUCCCAGCACGGAGUAUGGAAGGGGAAGAUUGUUGCACUUGUUAAUGGACUGGGUGCCAGAAAACAAUGACUGAGGCAGCUCCCGGCUCACGCGGUUGUUACCUCUUGCGAGAAUUUCAACCUAGUCGAAUUUGAACGGGUGGCCGGAUCUCGUCGAAUGAGCCGCAACUUGAGAGCUGGCGUCAUUUCUCCGCACCGCUGCAGCGUGUUCGGCCAUUCUCGUUCGGAGCUGUCUUCCAGUUUCUCCGAUGUAGUUGCUUUGUUCGCAACUGCACCAGAUCCGAUAAACGACUCCAGACGUCUCUUGUCGUGGCAGUGGGUCAGGCCAAUAAAGCUGUUGUCCCAGCGAUCGUGUCUUCUUCUCCAUGACUGCCUCCGGGGACUCGUGUCUUCGCUUCUAUUGGCAGUAUACCAGUGUUUUCAUAGAACGAAAGCGGGAGACUCAAGUCUGAUAUGAGUGUGAUUGCCACGUAGGUCACAUUAAGAAGCAGCCACGGGGUCUGAUUUUCAGUCCUCGAAGCAGUCGCUCCGCACUUACGCACACAGUGCUGACAACGACGAGCGAGGCAGCCUUCCAUGCCACGAAUUAUUGCCCACCGCGAUAGUUUCAAAACGUGUCCGAUUUAUUAUGAAUGUGCUGUGAGAAUGAGUUUACCAGAGUCGACAUCAUUUCCUCUCUCCUCUCGCCUGUGCACCGGUUGACUAUUCGAGCCGAUCAUUAAUCCAACGCGGCGAUUGGGCCAGUGCCUGACAAAGCUGCGGGGGUUCGUCUACGUGCGCGCCACACACAUACAACCUGCCCAGGCACAAGUUUGCACCGAAGGGCUUGCUUCUCGUUGACAUGGGCGGUUUGUGUCCGGUCUAUGUGUCGGAGGUUGUGAGAUGGGUUCUUGUGCAGUGUAUGAAUUAGUGGUAUGAGGUUUUCGCCCCCCUCAAACGCGCCACGCAGGACAUGCGCUGGACCAUCACGGGAUCUAAAUCUGAAUCUGGCCGGAGUUAUUGGAAAUGUGCACCAAUAACAAGUUUUAGCAUUUGGAGUGUGACGAUACGCCAAGGCUCAGGCUCACGCCGCGCCAGUUGGGAUCUUAACCGCCCCAAUUUUUUCUGCUGUGCAAAAUUCUGGUGAGUGUGCUUUUUGGACCAGGGAGGGCGGGGUGUGAUGGUAAGCCUAGUUGCGGGUUUUCGUCAUACCAGCCACGUACGCUCUCGUGUCUGGUCUUCCUGACUCUGUCUGGCAUCGAGUCUACAGUGCGUGACCGAUUUCAUGAAAUGUUAGCAAAAAUUCUCGAAUGCGUUUCCGAUUAGGAAGGAUUACUUAAGUAGGCUUGUUAUACUGAUUAUCAUGAAGCAUAACCCUAUAACAUUUCGGACUCGCCAGGAUGUCGGCCUUUGAAUGCCCUUCUUUUUGACCUCCUGCAGAAACCGCACUCGGUGAAAGAUGACUACUUCAUUAGCAUGCAUUUUUCCUACUGAUUUUCGAUGGUCUUAUAAAUUCAAAUAUAUUUUACAGAAAACGCGCACAAAACUAUACUUUCUUUUACUCAUUUGAUAGAACAUUAAAUUAUCUUUAUAUCUUAUACCCAAAAAUGUAUAUUUAGGUUUUAAAAAAGUUUCCCAAUUUCCGAAUAUUUUUCAGCCUGAUUUUUGCCAUUGCAUUGACGUUUAACAAUUUCAGCCAACAAGGUGCAUGCUUUCCGUGUAAGGAAACUCAUAUAUUCCCCUAUGUCUUUAAAAAGAUACCACACAGAGUUCAUGAAAUUUUGCAAUGGAUCCGGACUGUGUUGUACAUUUCAUGAGGAGCAUUAGUAAACGGACAUGUGCGGUGUUGCACGCAAUGACAACGCGCGGCCUUAAAAAUCUAAUAAUUAGAAACUUUUUAAAAACCUAAAUACACACUUUCUUUGGACAUAAAAUCUGAAGACAAUGUGAUUUCCUUCCAAAUGAGCAAAAGAAAGCAUAUUUUGUGCAUGUUUUCUGUAAAAUAUAUUUGAAUUUAUAAGACCAUCGAAAAUCAGUAGGAAAGAUGCAUGCUAAUGAAGUAGUCAUCUUUCACUGAGUGCGGUUUCUGCAGGAGGUCAAAAAGAAGUGCAUUCAAAAGCCGACAUCCUGGCGAGUCCGAAAUGUUAUAGGAUUAUGCUGCAUGAUAAUCAGUUUAACAACCCCUUCAUAAUCGGAAACGCAUUUCAGAAUUUUGGCCAACAAUUCAUGAGAUCGGUCACGCACUGUAUGUGCGGGAGAAGCAGCGAAUGCUUUUGAUGGCGCACAAGUCUACCAUCAAUUUUAACGAACUCGCGCGCAAUUCGCCGUCCCUACCCUCACUCUGCUCUGAAGCACACCGUGGGCGCAUUCAAAAACGACGGUUGAAAUUAUCGGGCUGAGGUGUAGUUGUGGGGUGCGGUCUGCGGCGUUUUCAUGAAAGCGCACAUCUCCGAAUAGGCCCUUGCGAUGACAAAAGUCCUUGGGCAGCGUGAGAACGUGAGGAAGGCACGAUGGGUGUAUGUUUGGACUCCCGGCUUUGGAAUGUCGGCUAUGUUUGAUGUUUCGACAUGGUGGCGAAUUUCGCCAUAGUGAAUGCGUAUGUAGCCGAGAAUAUUCAUGUGGUGUUUAAAUGUCCCGGUGCAUUGUGGGAGGCGAGGCGCGUGCGAUGGAUGUACGUCUGCCUUCCAGGCACUGGUUCAGCGGUGUCGGUGCAAUUGAUUCGCCAAAGGACCGACUUGUAAAUGCGUGAAGAGAUGGUGCUGUCGCAAUGUGCGGACUGAUUGGGAUCGAGUUUGCGUCACCGUAGUUGGGGACGAUGUUAGUGAUUGUAAUGGAGGUCUUAGUGGGUGGUAGAGCGCCGGGAGUGCUCUCACUGGUGGUGGACUUGGCGGUCGGUGUCGUGAUGAUGAUGAUGAUGAUGAUGAUGAGGGACGUUUGAGGCGGCAGCUAGUGGCAUAACCUUGGGGCAGCCAUAUUCUCGUUUUGCUUGUUUUCCGAUAUAGUCAGCAUUCCAGCCUCCACUCAGACCCUUAUUUUGCCCCAUCCUCCCUCAGCAAUCCGUUCAGAUGUCUAUGGAGGCUAGAAAUCGCGUCGCUAAGAAGUCUAAUGAACUGGCUCAGCGCGCCAUAGACGUGUACAAACGGUUCCUGCAGUCCUUCAACAAACCUUUGGACAACUCAGAACCCGAAUUUUACGAGGACUCAUACUUGCGGCCUGUGCUGGUGGGUGCUACUAUCAAGUGCCUUCAUGCCCUUUUAUGUUAACCUACCUGGUCCAUGAACGGUUCAGUGGUGGUCGACAGAGCCAAUCAUCUGUUGAGCCCUACUACUAGCAGUUCGACCGUCGCAUCCGAUGAUGUCCACCGUGUGCUCCACAGCAUGAUGAAGCAGGCACGGUGACUUGCGCCGAGUCUAUCGCACUCUCCUUUUCUCCCCUACCUGAGCCCGGUGUCAAGAGAGAGUCAAGAACGCGGGAGGCGGAGGGAGUCGCAGGUGGAUGGCGCGGCCGAGUCCGCACCUUGGCGCUCUGAUCCAGACCCUCAGGUCCACACAAUAAUUGAGCAGGAUUUUAACCGACAACAAGAACAACACUACGACGGGUCGGAAGGAGGAGGGUGACUGGGCAGUCAUGCUCACGAUCUGUAUACCCAGCGGGAGCGCAAGCGCAUCUACCAGGUGUAGAUGAACUGCCAGUACAUAUCAGGCUGUGCGGGCCAUGGUUUCCUGAUCCUGGCAUAGUAGAUGCUUACAGAUCUUUGACCUACUACUACUACUACUACUACUACUACUACUACUACUACUACUACUACUACUACUACUACUACUACUACUACUACUACUACUACUACUACUACUACCACUACUACCACUACUACCACUACUACUACUACUACUACUACUACUACUACUACUACUACUACCACUGCCACCAUCAUUUAUCGUGCAGCGCCUGUGGGCGGACCAUUGGAUUUGGCCACCGGGAAAUCUCUCUCCUUCCGAUUCCUACAUAUGAGCCCUCCCCCUUUGUUGGAAGUCUCCGUGGUCUAGGCUACCAAGAAACAGUAACCGCCAUCACCACCGCCACCGUGUGGAAUGGUGACACACCUGACGACCUGAGGCAGAUAUGCUGCCGGUCUUCCCGGGUCCAGAUCCUGGUGUGUGACAAGACUGCCAUCGGUCAGACGCCCCACUAUGUUCUGUCGACUCGAUACCCACUUGAGCAUCAAAUUGGACCUCUAACCGUUUCUUUUUGGGCCCUGUAUCCUGUGGUGCAUGUACAGUCAGUCUGUAGUAGAGCCCCAAGGUUUGUGAGCAUCUGUUGUGCCAUGGUCAGCAAACCAUGGCCCUCAUCAGUCUGGUGUGCGCUGGCAUUUCUCUGGUAUCCGAUUUUCUGGCGGUAGAUGCGCCUACGCUCCCGCUGGAUAUAUAGGUCGGCUGCAUGUCUACCCAGUCAUUCACGUCCCUUCUGUUGUUGUUAGUCAAAAUUCUGGUCAAGUGUUUGUUCUGGAUCAGGGGAUGUGCGUAUUGGAACGCCAAGGUUCGGGCUCCACCGCGCCGUCCAUUUGCACCCUAUCCCCCGCCGGUCUUUCGACUGUGUCUUAGCACCGUGUCCAGGUGAGGAGAGCGUGCGGUAGACGCUGCGCAAGUCACGCGCAAGUUGCCAUGCCUGCUUCACCUUGCUUUGGAGCACACGGUGGACAUCGUCGGGUGCGACCUCCGAGCUAUGAUGUCUGUAACAGCCUUUCUCAGUGUCUUCUUUUUCUUUCAAGCUGGCUUACUUCUACUCGGCACGUCUGUACUCAAAGAUGCUGAAGGUCACGCCGAAGGCACGCUCAGCCGCCCUCACCCGUGCCCUCGAGAACUACCAAAUCAUGGUGCGCAUUGCCGACCGACAUAUAGCGGCCAAACCGGAACUGGCCGACAAAGUGGGCUGCGAGGUGGAAAUGGCGCGUGAAAUGAUUCAGCUUUUGCCUGCGCAGAUUUCCCAGAUUGUUGAAAACGGUAGAAGCGCCGUCUGA